GAUGCAUUUGUAACUGUGCAGUGGCCUGGAUGCUGCAAUAGUGAAGCAUCAGGGCGGGGUUCCUCACGAACUGGACUGCAAAGGCCGAUGCUGUAUGAGCUGCUGACUGGUCUGACUGCAGCGAUUCCGAUUCCUGCAAACUCCUGUUCGACCGCGUGGCUCCUCCCGGGGGUGAGCUGUGCCUGCUUGUUCCAGCUGACUCCAAGCUCUGCAGUAAGGGCUGGGUUUCUGGGCGUCGUCCCAGCUUCUUUGAUCAUUCCUGGGAUCUCCAGACUGAUUCACCAGAGACUGUUCUGAAAUGACAGGUUUCAGAGUAGCAGCUGUGUUAGUCUGUAUUCGCAAAAAGAAAACGAGUACCUGGGCUCUGGAGGGGAAUGCCAUGCAUGGGGUUCAGCUGGGUUUUACACAUUACUUUCCCACUGCGGAUUGGAGUAAUACGAGAUAAUGAACCAUGGCAGCAUAAUUCAUACUAAACACUCGUCUUCUGCAUGAGACCGGAGAGUGAUCUCAUUCCUGUACAGGACACAGAUCUGCAGCUUGUGUCGAGCAAUCCACCAAACACAAGCUAUAGAUCACAGCUCUGUCUUUAGUUCACUUUCUAGGGGCCUUUGCCUCAAGAAUAUUGAUGCUUCUGCAUUAGAGAAAUGAUCAGUCCCCACAGCAGCAGCUGAUAGGGGAACUUGCAUUUGGCAGCAAAGAAGCGUUUUGUGCUGUGCUGGCCUAGGAGCUGGUCAUGUGACACAGAUUCCAACCCCUUCCGUGGUAUUCGACUGCAGAACUGAAGCUUUCCAUUUCAAAUGUCUGAGCCCGGGUUUCUAAGUUCAGCUCCUAGGUAAGAGGUAGAGGUGAGCUGCUGGUGUUCCCAGUGACUCAAGCCGAAGUCGGGGCUGUUUGGGACCUCUGUAAAUGAGGUCACCUUUAUGUAGCCGCAGAACUUCAGGGGCAUAGGUUGGAAAAUUGGGGCUUAAAUUCCUAGCUGUUCUGGUGGCCAAGAAAACCUGCUGAAAGCGCCCUCCAGGGGAUGCUGCCUUCUUGAGGCUAAACAGCCCUGAGAGGCGAGAAUUGCCCCAUUCAUCUCGGGGGGGGCAUGCCUGUUCACCCUGGAGGUCCAGGACUCUGGAGACCUAUGCAAAUGACUCAAGUGCUCCAAUCUACACACUCCUUGUUCACACAAACAUCAAAGUAACCAGGUUAUAGCAGGCCCAGCGUAAAGGCUCUGCAGCUCGUCAUCCUGGGCCUUACAAAUGGGAUCGACCUAGGUACGUCACUCAGGGCCUUGAAUAAUUGCACGCCCUGUGCACCAUAGGUGGGUUGAUCUAACCCUGUGUAGAUGCGGCCUGCUAGAGGUGGGCUAAGUACAUCGAUGGAAAAACUUCUCGUGUCAAAGUAGAAAGCAUCUGUGGUACAGCCAGAGCACUGGAGCUGAGCCACUGGGGAGGGAUAGCUCAGUGGCUUGAGCAUUGGCCUGCUAAACACAAGUUGUGAGUUCCGUCCUUGAGGGGACCAUUUAGGGAUCUGGGGCAAAAAUUGGGGAUUGGUCCUGCUUUGAACAGGGGGUUGGACUAGAUGACCUCCUGAGGUCCCUUCCAACCCUGAUAUUCUAUUCUAUUCUAUUCUAUUCUAUUCUAUUCUAUUCUAUGAGUUUAGUGUACACAAACCCUUCCUUGUGAGAGGAGGAGGCGGCUGCAGGAGGGACUUUACCCUCCCUCGCCCCCUGAGGCAGCUGGUGCGUGGGGGCAUCUCUGCCCCAAGCCACGUCUCUCAUGGGCACGAUGGCUUGUACAAAACACAACUACACUAAAGCAAGUACAUAAAACCCGUGGUGUUUGUGAGACUUAAGGUGCUGAGUGGUAUAUGCACUGGGGAAGGAGGUUAGGUCUCAUGGGCCAGGAGACUGGAGUCCACCCCAGCAUGUGAUGGUUCCUCUGCAAUUUCAUUGCUAGGUGCCAGGGAGACUUACACUCCAACAUCCCUGUGACCUGGUUGUGCUGAGUCUCCUGGUGAACUAGACCUCUAAGCUGUAAUUCUUCACUGCAGACUCACGAGCCCUGUCGACUCUGAAACCUAAUGUCAACACCAACUCAAUGCUAUUUCACUGCUCAUCAUUUAAUGGAGCAGCAGUGGUCUGAAGUGCUUCUCCUUGGUUGCUGGAUUCAGGGGCUUCAGGUUGCCAACUUUCAACUGUUUCAUGAGUUUCACAAUAGUUGGUGGGGCUCUUAAAGCCCCAGCUCCUGGAGCCCCGCGAUUCAGACAGUCUAUUUUCUUUCUCAUUGAAAAAAUUAAGUUUCUGGCCUGCAUGGCUGUGGAGAGAAGCCUGAGAAUGUGACACCUCCCUGCCCAAGAGCUAGGAUGCUAAGUGGCAAAUAGAGCCCCGAAGCUGGCUGGCUUUUAUUCUAUGUUAGCACAGCGCCCCAGUUGUAGAGCAGGGCCCCAUUGUGCAGAACAGAAUGGGGGCGUGUUUUGUGGCCUGUAGCCUGGUGAGCACUGGCUUUUUCCCCUCUAACCUGUCUCCUUGCCCCUCUCCAGUGCUUCUCUCUGGAGGAAGAUGAGCUGAGCCUGCACUUGGUUCCCGCCUGCAGCGAUGCUAUCCUGGAGGCUGAGGGGAUCCUGGGAACGAUGCAGAGCUACCUCGACUCCUCCGUGAUCUCCAUCAUCGAGGACUUCAGCACCCUGACUGAGAACAAGGCCUGCCUGGAUGCACCAAACGAGCUGUCGCUGCUGACGGCCAUCACCGAGAUCCUGGACAGCACGGACGACGAGACCCUGUCUCCGUUUGACACCACCCUGGACUCGGAAUUGCUGGCACUGCCCCGGGAGCGGGAGAGUUCUUCGUUUCAGAAGUUUCUCAGCUUGUCCCGGGCCUCCCCUGAGCGCAGCGUUCCUGCCCUAGAUGAUCCGUGGGGCCUCAGCGGCCCAGCCGCCAUCGGCAAGGUGGGAACGGGCCCUGGGGAUCUGCCCUGGAGCUGCCUCGAAGAGCCGGCAGCACCCAAGCAGUGCACCAGCAGAGCGCCCCGGGCGGAGUGGAAGCUGUCCAGGCCCCAGUCCCUCCCGCAACGCAGCGACGGGGAGGAGGAGGAGGAGGCUGCUAGCCCUGGGCAGCACGGCAGCGUGGCAGCAGCUGUGGGGCUGCGGGAGAGCCCCAUGGAUUUGUGCGCCGAGGCUGGGGGUGAGGAGGCGGCGUGGCCGGAAGACAGCGACGCUCCCUGCAUCAUCAGCACGGGGGCCGGGUCCCUCAGCGAGCUGGUGAAGUCCAUGCACCCAUACUGCCUGCCCACACUCACCGUGUGCCUGGAUCCUGCCAGCGAGCCGGUGGCGAAGGAGUUCUUAACCGGCCCGCUCCUGCUGGAGAUCGUGCCUGGCGAAGGCGAGAGCCUGGAGAUCCCUGUGGUCCUGCAGCAGCUGGGCCCAGGAGCCCAGCUCCCAGCUGAAGGGGAGGGAGCCAGCGGUUGCCCAGCUGGCGAGGGGGAUGGUGCCCUGGAGCUGUCACCUAUGGAUGGUGUGCCAGUGGGAGCGCCUGCCCAGGGGUGUGAGACUGGGGUCCGCGGCAGGGCCCCCCAAGAGGAGCCUCCCAGCCCGACCCAGGAGAGAGUGUCCCCCUGGGGUGUUGACUCCGAACCAAAGGACAAGGAGAGGCAGAGAGACCAGUAUCUGGAGAGCAGGUCCCGGAGCAGCACGGAGGCGCCAGCGGGCGGGAAGCGCCAGGGCACCGAGAAGGGCCGAGGGCGUGAGAGGGCCAGGAAAAGCCGGAAAAAGAAAAGGGAGGAAUCGCAGAAGGGCCAGGCCAAGCCAGAUGGGGACUGCGUGGUCCGCAGGCUCCUCUCCACAUCCUUGGUGCAGCCGCCAGCCACCCAGCGCUCCCCCAGCUGGGCAGCCCGGCCCUCCGUGCAGGUGUCCACCUUCCUGGAAAAGCAGCUGGAGCAGGCCAAGAAGGAAGGGCAGAUGGAGCUGCGAUCGGCCCGAGGGAGACCGAGGGCAGCGGCAGCAGGGGGCACCCUGCAGAGGAAGGGUCACCCUGAGGUGCAGAAGGAGCUGGAGGCUGAGAAGCCCAACGCACAGCCAGCUGUGCAGAGUGCUGAGACCCCCGGGCCCUCAGAGCAGGCUGUGCCCAGCCCUGGGGAGCAGCCGGCUGCCGUGGGACCCGGCCCAGCAGAGCAGGGAGAGGUAGCUCCUGAGUGCGGUGAGGGGAGCCGGCCUGCCCCCACCAAGGAGAGCAUUGGCCCAGAGACUACCCCCCCACACGGUGACCUCAAUGCUGAGGGGGAGGCUCCCCGGAGCCCGCAGGAAGUGGAGCCGGCUGGGGCCGAGGCUGCCGGCUGGCCAUCCAAGCCCAAGGCGCUCAGCCUGACCGAGUACCGGCUGCGAAUGCUGCACCGCCAGCCCAGCGGGGCCGACGGGAAGGAGGGGGAGAAGCAGGCAGCAAGCAAGUGGCCCAGCGUUCCUGAGCCCCCCACGGAGCUGGCCGAGAUCCCGUGCCUAAUGGCACCCGUGUGCCCCCCGCCCUCACAGCCUGCCCAGCCUGUGGAGACGCCCAGCUCCCAGAGGGGCCCAGAGAAACCUGCCAGCCCCCCAGCCACCCCCCCUCUGCCCAGAAAAGCAACUGCAGGGCCCCCCCAGACCCUGCCGGCUCCAGUGCCCCCGGGGCUACAGCUGCCUUUCCUCCCGCCAGCCUUGGGAGCUGCUGCUGCAGCAAUCCCACUGGCCUCCACAGCUCCUUAUGCCCUCUACCCACCGGUGCCUUCCUGGCCUUGCUUUGGCCCCCCGCCUGCCGGCUACCCCAGUCUGCCUCCACCACCGGCCACUGGCGGGUCGCCCAAUGCCUUUCACCUGGUGCCUGGCCUGCCCCCGCCAGCCCUGGCCUGGCCCCCCCCUGCCCUGCCACCACCUCCCUUCGGUUCAGGUGCGCCAUGUGCCCCAAUGGGCUGGGCCCUGGGCCUCCAGCCGUCCUACUGGCCCGGAGUCCCCCUGCCACCUCCAGUGCCGCCAAUGGUGUACAGCGAUCCGGGGGCCGCUCUGCAGAGCCCAGGGGCAAAGCCCUUCCCAGCUAGUCCUCUCCCCUUCCCAGCUAGCCCAGCCGCCCCGGCACCAAUCUGCCAAGAGCCCUCAGUUUUCACAGCACAGCCAAUGAAGCCAGUGCUAGCCAAGCACGAGGUGCCAGCCCAGCUCCCCCAGCGUGGUGCACAGCCCUCUGCCAGGGCCGCUGGUGGCCGGGCAUCUGAUCCCAGGAGGCAAAGCCGGCCUGUGAGCGAGUCAUCUGCCCCCCAGCCUGUAGGGCAGCCCCCUGCCCCCCAGCCUGUGGGCGAGUCACCCGCCGCCCAGCCCCCUGUUGCCAUGGCCCGGACUGUGGGGGAGUCAACUGCUGCUGGGCCUCUGGGGCAGCCCCCUGCCCCCCAGCCUGUGGGCGAGUCACCCACUGCCCAGCCCCCUAUUGCCAUCACCCAGCCUGCGGGAGAGUCUGUUUCUGCUGCUGCCCCUAGGCCCGUGGGAGAGUCACCUGCUUCCCAGCCUAUGGGGGAGCCCCCUGCUCAGCCCACAAGGGAGACCUCUGCCCCCCAGCCUGUGGGAGAGUCACCUGCUGCCCAGCCCAUGGGGCAGCCGCCUAUUGCCACUGCCCAGCCCGAGGGGGAGCCUGUUUCUGCUGCUGCCCCUCAGCUUGUGGGGCAGCCCUCUGCCCAGGCUACGAGGCAGCCCCCUGCCCCCCAGCCUGUGGGAGAGCCCACUGCCCAAUCUACGAGGCAACCCCCUGCCCCCCAGCCUGUGGGAGAGCCCACUGCCCAAUCUACGAGGCAGCCCACUGCCCCACAGCCUCUGGGGGAGCCUCCUGAUACCUGCCCUAUGGCAGAGGCUGCAGCUCCAGCAAAGGUCCCAGUACCCAGCCUGCUAGAGGGAGACCGGCCAGGCCCCAAGGGAGCUGUCCUGCAAGAGCCCCGGCCACCUGGGCGCACGUCCAUCCCCAGGAAAGCGGGGGCACUGCUGAGAGCGCGAGAGGAGAGCCAGCCCACCAAGCUGGCCCCUGCCCGGCCAUGGAGACACCGGCCCCUCGUCAGCCCAGCCCAGCCUGGCGCCAGCAAGGACAUUGUGCAGGCCUUCAUCAGCGAAAUCGGAAUCGAAGCCUCCGACCUGUCCAGCCUGCUGGAGCAGUUUGAGAAGACUGAAGCCACGAAGGAGGCACUGCACGUGCGAUGCCCUGGAGACAGGCUGGCGCCAGGGAACGCUGGCAGGUCCGAGAGCCACCCGGACAAGAACCCGCUGGACAGCCUGCAUGCCCCGGAGCUGGCCAACGUCGCUGGCCUUACCCCGCCAGCGACGCCACCCCACCAGCUCUGGAAGCCCUUGGCUGCUGUCUCGCUGCUGGGGAAGCCCAGGUCCCCCGGGGCUGCCCCCCAGGAGGGCAGCCAGAGAACUGCCAAGUUCAUGGAGGCCAAGCCACUGCCCCAGAGCAAACCUCGGGGGAAGGGCCCGCCCCCCACGACCUGUGGCCCAUCCCCCAGCCACGUGGGUUCCGGAGACCAUGACUACUGCUUCCGUGGCCCCGGCCAGCCAGAGGAGGGCGCCAGGCUCCCCAGCGCACCGGCCCCGUCGGAGCUGGGCUCCCGCUGGAACGUGAAGCAUCACCAGGAUAUCACCAUCAAGCCGCCCUCCUCCCUCCCCACACGGACGCUGGCCUGGCCCGGGCUCAGCCCCCAGCCUGGUGCCACCCCUGGCUCCAGCGAGCAGCUGGAUCACCGGACUAGUGCCCGAAGCCAGGCUGCAGCUGGCAGGAGCAGCUCCCCCACCUCGGUCCUGCUGUCUCCGGACGCGUCCCCCUGCCGGGACGAGGAGCCGCAGACUCGGGACCCGCAGCCGAAGCAGCUGGCUGCCAAAAGGUCCCUGCACUGCUACCGGAGACGUGGGGCCUCGCCGAGCCCCCGGGCCCGCGCCAGCCGCUCUUUCAGCUCCACGUCCAGCGGGGCCAGCGCCUCCUCAUCUUCCUCUUCCUCCUCCUCCUCCUCCUCCUCCUCCUCCCGGUCUCGAUCCCGGUCGCUGUCCCCGCCACUGAAGCGGUGGCGAAGGUAUCGCUCGAGACGCUCCCGCAGCUCCCACUCUUCCUCCCGCUCGAGCUGCGGGUCCUGUGGCCGGUCCCGGGGAAGAUCGUCGUCGUCCUACUCAUCCAGAUCCUCCUCGGCUUCCCGCUCCCGCUCCCCAUCCCCCCGCAGGAGGAGUAACCGGAGGAGAAGAUACAAUUACUGCGACCCUCCGGAUCACUGCCAGCACCAGAAAGUCCUCCACAAGGAACGUGCAAUAGAGGAGCGGAGAGUCGUCUUCAUCGGCAAGAUCCCCAGCAGAAUGACGCGGGCAGAGCUCCGGCACCGCUUCUCUGUGUUCGGGGACAUCGAGGAGUGCACCCUCCACUUCCGGGCUGAGGGGGACAACUACGGCUUUGUCACCUACCGCUACGCCAAGGAGGCCUUCGCUGCCAUCGAGAGCGGCCACAAGCUGCGGCGCCCGGACGAGCAGCCCUUCGACCUGUGCUUCGGGGGGCGCCGCCAGUUCUGCAGGAGGAACUACGCGGACCUGGACUCCAACCGGGAAGAUUUCGACCCCGCCCCCAUCAAGAGCAAGUUCGACUCCCUCGACUUCGACACCUUAUUGAAGCAGGCGCAGCGCAACCUGCGGAGGUAGCGCCGGGCCCGUGGCGGCUGCGUCCGGUGCCCGCGGGAGCUGCCAGCUGGCACCCUGGCCUGGCUGCAGCCAAGCCGGGCCUUACAGAGAAAUGCAAAGACAAAAAAAAAGUCAAACCAGAUUUUUUUAAACAAUUUGUUUUUAUAACAAAUAUUUAAGGAAGAUGAAUUGCCUCUGUUAACGGAGGGGCUGGAGGCAAGAGGCUGCCCCAGCCCAGUCACUCCGGUUAAUAAACCCGGGUCCAAC